AUGGCGUCUGUAUCGUCACGAUCAGAUCAUGAAGAUGAAGAGGCUUUUGAGGGACCUGCUGUUGCUGGGUUUUGGGAAGAUAUGGAAGACUUGUUAGACGUUUCCGAUCUAUCCGGUGAGGCCGCAGUUAACACGGCUAUAGUCAAAUAUAUCAAGACAGCUACAGACCAUUACCAGGAGUAUGUGAAGACUGAUCAAGGAAUGUAUCGUCUAGGCCUAACUUUUACUGAGUCCCUGUUCUUCCGGCAAAACAAGGAAUUCUCUUUGAGCAAGCUGCUGUCAUUACUUAGCGUGGACCUAUUGGAUUGUAAUUUAAGGUUUAUUAUCAGCUUCAUCAUCCUAUGCGCUUCCAAGGGUGACCUGUCAGUUCUAGAGCUAAUACUAGAAUUCCAAGGUUUUACUGUAAUAUACAACACGCUGUACAACACAUUUGCGUACCUUAAUCGUUACGGAGAGGACAGAGUUCUCAGAGCAAGCACUACUGGCAGUAGAAGUGAUACAGCAUCCACUAAUACAGAAAUUGAAUGGGAUAUUAUCAAUGGCUUGAAACAAACUUCCACCAUACUAAUGGAUAUUCUAUUUCAAAUAUUCAAGUACUGCAAAUGUGACAUCUCAAAUCUCGCAAUUGUGGACGACUUUUUUGUGUACUAUAUGAUAAACACCAUACAGUCGGAGAGCACUGAUGACAUUUUCAACAACGCGAAGUUCAAGUUGCUAUUGGCGUUGAAUGAACAGUAUAUGAUAUUCUCAUAUCAGUAUGAACUUGAAAAUCGAGUGUACAAAUAUUUGGCAGACCAUCACAUAUCCAAGAAUUUCGUGGAGCUUCUUCUCUUGAAGUUCAAUAGGGUGACUAAUCGAUCUUUACAGAUCAUGCUGUGCAAAAUAGUAUAUCUGAUAUUGACUAUGGAUAGGAAUUCCGCAGAAACCUUUUUCUAUCAAAACGAUUUGCACGUUUUCGUUGAUGUUUUGAUCAGAGAACUGAAAAAUAUACCCGAUGAUGAAGAGCUAAUAAGGAACACUUUUCUCCGCGUGUUGUUUCCUCUGCUGAGCAACACCGAGCUGACGAAGACCAAAUACCGUAGAUCGGAUUUGAUUAAUGUACUGGAAUACUUGUCGUCACUCGAUCACAUCUGCUCAGGUGAGGUGAAGCCGGUGCAUAAAACGACGGUCCGGCUCGCACAAAAAUGUCUGCGCCAAGUGGGUUGGCUUAAAGCCGACGAAGAGUAUGAACCAUUAGCUAAAGUUGAUAGCAAAGAUUCUAGGAGGUCUAGUACAAGUGUGAGUUCAGCUUCUUCAAAUCGUGCCCUCGGGAUAGAGCGGUGGCCACAACAUCUUUAUGCUAAUUCGUAUGCUGCAUUAUCGGCAGAAUCCAUAACCAAACGUCAUAAUCCACCUCCACCUCCGCCAGCGAGAAAAGGUCCGACCUGUAAUCAAAGUGGAGGCCAAAAGAUAGCACAGUUUAGACCAAGAUAG